GGCCCGCGCCCCGCCGCCGGCGGCCGGCCAUGCUCAUCACGCUGUGCUACCUGUACCUGUGGGCGCGCUGGGGGCGCCGGCCCGCCGCGCUCGUGCGCGCCACGGUGCAGCGGCUGCGCGCCUCGCGCUGCUCCUUCACCUUCUGCGGCGCGGCCGCGCUGCCCCGGGGCGCCCGCGUGUGCCUGAGCCGCGGCGGCCGCGUCUUCUGCGUCGGCGAGAGCCAGUCCAUUGAUGACUUGAACAAAUGGGCCCUGUUUCUCGUUUCUCCAUUUAUCCUUGAAGCAGAACACGUAGCUUUUGUGACAGAGAGCAUUUGGGUGCAAGGUGAGAAUUUGCAGAGACCGUCCUCCUCUUCAGAAACCCUUGUGAAGUGGUCAGACUGUUGUUUGCCGUUGGCCUGCAGACCUGGGGAUCCGUAUCAGUUAAUUGCCGAAGCCAGUGUGGACGACUUCAGUAAGCUGGGGGUGGCGUUCCUGGAAGACAGGCUCCAGAUGGCUAAUGGACUGAUCCCCCAAAAGAUCGUGUCUGUGCACUUGCAGGACUCCGCUCUGAAGGAACUUAAGGAUCAGGCCUCAAACAAACAAGCUGAAAUCCUGCAGCCGAGCCCUGAGGCUUCUGUUGAGAAUAAGCCUGAGCUGGACGUCAUGGAGCACAUUGGCCAAGAGGAGCUGAAGGUUCUCGGGCCAGAAGCCACGCAGCAGAAAGGAGGUGCCUCUGGGAGCGAGCCUGCCGGGGAGAGUGACAGAGGAGUGGGCUCUCUCGAGCUCUGUCACCUCCAUCUGUCUAGUUGCCACGAGUGUUUGGAGCUUGAGAACAGCACCAUUGAAUCCGUCAAGUUUGCAUCUGCAGAGAACAUUCCGGAUCUUCCCUAUGAUUACAGCGGCAGUUUGGAGAGUAUUGCUGAUGAUGUCUGCCCUGAGAGAGAAGGGAGGAGAGUCAACAUCACGGGAAAGGCCCCCAACAUCCUCCUCUACGUGGGCUCUGACUCCCAGGAAGCCCUGGACAGGUUCCAGCAGGUCCGGUCCGUUCUGGCCGACUGUGUGGACACCGACAGUUACACCCUCUACCACCUGCCGGAGGAAAGUGCUCUCAGAGACCCAUGGUCAGACAACUGUCUGUUGCUGGUCAUUGCCACCAGGGAGUCUCUUCCCGAGGACCUGUCCCGGAAAUUCAUGGCCUAUCUUUCUCAGGGAGGGAAGGUGUUGGGCCUGUCUUCAUCCUUCACAUUUGCUGGCUUCCAGGUGACAAGCAAGGGCGCCCUGCAGGAGACAGUCCAGAACCUGCUUUUCUCCAAGGUCGACCAGAGCCAGGUGAAGCUCAGCGUCCUGAGCAGCGGCUGUGUUUACGAGCACCCUGGGGAGUGGCUCAGCCUGGGCAAGCUCCAGGGCCACCUGGAGAACGAGGACAAAGACAGGCUGAUUGUGCAAGUGCCUUUUGGAACAUGUGGAGGAGAAGCUAUCCUUUGCCAGGUGCACUUAGAACUACCUCCCAGCUCUUCAGUGGUGCGGACUCCGGAAGAUUUUGAUCUGCUCAAAUCGAGCAAUGUGAGAAGAUACGAAGUGUUGAAGGAGAUCCUGACAACCCUGGGCCUCAGCUGUGACGUUCAGCAAGUUCCUGCCUUAACGCCUCUCUACUUACUGUCGGCGGCCGAGGAAAUCCGGGAUCCUCUUAUGCAGUGGCUGGGGAAACGUGUGGAUCCUGAAGGAGUAAUACAAUCCAGCAAGGUCUCCCUUAAGUUUGUUUCAUCAUACACAUCUGAAAUAGAGAUCACCCCCGCUGCUAUACCUGUGGUGACUGACGUGGAGGCCUUCUCAUCAGAAAACUUUAACUUAGACAUCUACCGACAAAAUUUGCAGACAAAGCAACUUGGAAAAGUAAUUCUGUUUGCUGAAGUGACACCCACCACGAUGAGUCUUCUGGACGGGUUGAUGUUUGAGAUGCCGCAGGAAAUGGGUUUAAUAGCCAUCGCAGUCCGCCAAACGCAGGGCAAAGGGCGGGGAAGGAAUGCUUGGCUGAGCCCCGUGGGAUGCGCUCUUUCUACCCUGCUUGUCUCCAUCCCGCUGAGAUCCCAGCUGGGACAGAGGAUUCCGUUUGUCCAGCAUCUGAUGUCCCUGGCGGUCGUGGAGGCAGUCAGGUCCAUUCCUGAGUAUCAGGAUAUCGACUUACGAGUGAAGUGGCCCAAUGAUAUUUAUUACAGUGACCUCAUGAAACUUGGUGGAGUUCUGGUUAACUCAACGCUUAUGGGAGAAACGUUUUAUAUACUUAUUGGCUGUGGAUUUAACGUGACUAACAGUAACCCUACCAUAUGCAUCAACGAUCUCAUCCUAGAAUACAACAGGCAACACGGGACAGACCUGAAGCCCUUAAGAACUGAUUUCCUCAUCGCCAGGACUGUGACCGUGCUGGAGAAACUCAUCGACACGUUUCAGGACAAAGGGCCCAAUGGCGUUCUUCCCCUUUAUUAUAAAUAUUGGGUACACAGUGCUCAGCAAGUCCGGCUCGGAAGCUCCGAGGGGCCAACGGUGUCGAUAGUCGGCCUAGAUGAUUCUGGGUUCCUUCUGGUUCACCAGGAGGGUGGCGAGGUGGUGACCGUGCAUCCGGAUGGCAACUCCUUUGACAUGCUGAGAAACCUCAUCAUCCCUAAACAGCGGUAGUCCCCGUCUCCAGGAAGACAGAGAGACAGAGACAGCCCCGGGCCUGCCGUCCUUGCUCACUGGGCCUGCUGCUUGGGCUGGGCUGCGGGAGAGAGGGCAGAGAGGGCAGCAGCUGAGAUGAGCCGGGGGUGACGGAAGUGCAGAACCCCCAGAGAAGCAUUCCAGUUGAAUUUCUGCAGCCCGUGGAUUUGGAAAACUAAUUUAGAGUUGCAGGCAAAUUUUUUCUCCCUCCAAUUAAUCUGUUUAAUUCUUUAAUUUUGUUCUGUCUGCUAUCAUUUUAUUUGAAGAUGUUCUGGAGUAGAGGGUUGACAAGUGGAAGAUUUAGUUCAGGUAAAGCCCCACCAUAGGUGUGAAAUUGUUCUCUCCCUUGAGCUUUGAUGUGUGUUUCUUGGCCGGAAAAAAAAAAAAAAAAAAAGGUUUAUACAUGGAAACAGAAUGGAAUAAUGCAAAUGUUUUCCCAGUAGUGAAGACCUUUAUCCCUAGACUAUUAAAAGAUAAAUCAAAAAAAGCUCUCCAGCCUAGGCUAGUGGUGAAUUAGAGGUAUGGUAACACUGUUUAUAAGCAUCCAGGGAGGUGUUUUCCUACAGGAACAUACAUCAUCACUUAGUCAUUUUAUUUAUUUUUUUGUUAACGAAGAAAAGAGAAGGUAGAGUUCCGAAGAGUUCCUCUCGGCCUCGUGGUUUGGGGUCCAAUAACAGCGUCUGAAUGCCUACAGAGAUGCGUCUAGCUGGUACGGUUGCAAUGAUCUUGUCCAGGAAAUCAGUUCAUUACUUUGACGUUAAUUUACGAGCUCUCCUUUCAUAAGUUUAAAUUUACUGCCUACUCUGAAGUGAUGAGAUCAAGUUCAAGAUCCUUAAAGUGUUGAUUAGGCAUUGCCUGGAUGUGGGGGUGGGUGGUUUGGCUCUAACAGCUGGAGAUGAAGUCUCGCUCUCAUACCGCAUGCAAGGGAGGAUUUAGAGCUUUUAAGCCAGUUUCAGGCUUGCUUUGAAAUGGGGAGCGUUCCUGCCAGACUGUGCAGUACACAGAAUGUAGAAGUAUGUGGCAUUUUAUUCGUAAGUCUUAAUUUUUUUGCCCCUUUUUCCUGUAUUGCCGAGAGAGAAAAUGUUACUGAUACUGAAUGCCAUCAUUUAGGAGGGAGGAUGUGUGUGUGUGUGUGUGUAUGUGAAGCUUUAAAAGAUGUUCAGACUCUGAUGCCCUAAGUUUUCCACGGAAGAACAAAAGAAAGGAAGCCUUUUGAUACGCACUUGCUAUUUCCAGAUGGACUCCACGCUUUUUCCAUGUAACUCCUAUCUGUGUUGAACUUCUGAAUCAUACACAUUACUUUUCAGCCUUAAAA